CGUUCAUGAGAGACUGUUUCUGCUAGCGUGUUAAACCGUUCUCGGUAACUUGGUGUUUUUCACAGCCCAUUUAUUUCAGUGAGGCCACCCGACCCGCCUACACAGAUGCUGCCUCCGCCCCUGCAGAGCGUUGCUGUAAGACCCCCAGCUCCUCCAGCGGUACUGUACUGUGCAUGGCCUACUGCAGCUUCAGCUUCAACGCGUGGAUGCAAGAAUGACACCGGCGCUCCCCUUCACCAAGACAACCUGAUCGUAAGGACGGAUACAUUUCAUUUUAAGACUUAUUAAUACCACAACGAUGGCGCUUGUCAGUGCACCUUUACGGACACAAUUGAUCGCGACUGUUUUUACAUUCAGCGCACUGUGGGGAUGUGCGCUCUCCAUCACUCGGUACUCUAUUCCGGAGGAGAUGGAAGAGGGCUCCUUUGUUGCCAAUCUAGCCACAGAUUUGGGUUUGGAUAUUCGCAGUUUGGUGCAGCGCAGAGCAAAGCUCGAUGUCAUUCACAGCAAAAAUUACCUUGACAUCAACAAAGAAACAGGGGAGCUGAUAAUCCGCGAGAAGAUAGACCGGGAGAGCAUAUGCAUGACUAAAACAACCUCGUGCUUUCUGAAAAUGGAUGUCAUACUCGAGAGUCCCAUUCGCAUUUUUAAUAUCGAGUUAGAAAUCAUGGACAUCAACGACAACGCGCCCGUGUUUCGCAGAAAGACAAUGCACUUGGACAUCUUGGAGGCAACCCCUCCCGGUGAGAGAUUUUCAUUGACAAACGCCGUGGAUGCGGAUGUGGGGGCGAAUUCAAUCAAGACCUACUAUCUCAGCGAAAGCAAAUACUUCAACAUCGACAUACAGACUGGAAGCGAUGGCUCCAAAUAUGUCGAUUUGGUGCUGAAUGGUAAUUUGGACAGAGAGGAGCAUGGAGUUCAUAAUUUGAUUUUAACCGCUGUGGAUGGAGGGGUGCCUCCCCGCUCCGGAACAGCCAGCAUCAUAAUUAAUGUCCUGGAUAUCAAUGACAACGCCCCCCUGUUCAGUCAGCCGGUAUUUGCAGUCAAUGUUUCAGAGAACUCGGCUGCAGGGACAGUAGUCAUGACCUUAAACGCAUCAGAUUUGGAUGAAGGCACAAACGCUCAGUUAGUGUAUUCAUACACCCUGUACACCUCAGAGAAGACUCAAGAGGUCUUCUCACUUGAUCCAAACUCAGGUGAGCUCAAGGUGAAGGGGGUGAUCGAUUAUGAAGAGAGUCAGAGUUUUGAGAUGUAUAUACAGGCUCAGGACAGAGGGGCGACACCGCGGACAGGUCACUGUAAAGUCAUGGUGUACAUCACAGAUCUGAACGAUAAUUAUCCAGAAGUGAACAUCGAGUCUGUGAAAAGUUUACUGAGUGAGAACGUCCCUGUAGGGACGCUGAUCGCAGUGGUCAGCGUCAGCGACAGGGACUCUGGGGCCAAUGGGGUUGUGGAGCUCACUUUGAGUCAGCAGCGGUCUUUACCGUUCGUCCUGAACAAAUCCUCAGAGGGUUACUUCGAGCUGCUGGUUUCAAAACCACUGGACAGAGAGAUAAUAAGCAAAUAUGACAUUACAAUGAGGGUGACUGAUAAAGGCUCGCCGCCUUUAUCCGAAGAUGAAACCAUAACUUUAGAGAUUCUGGAUGUCAAUGACAAUGCGCCCACCUUCUCGCAGUCCUCCUAUACUAUCCAUGUCGUGGAGAAUAAUCUCCCAGGGGCGUUGUUGACAUCUCUUAGUGCGUUUGACCCGGAUCUCCAUGAGAACCAGUACUUGGUUUAUUUCAUAAUGGAGAAGGAGAUAGUUAAUACGUCUAUGUCAAUGCUGUUCUCCAUCAACCCUGAGAACGGGGAUCUUUAUGCCCUGAAGACCUUUGACUAUGAGAGGGAGAGGGAUUUCCUUUUCCACAUCGAGGCUAGAGACUCUGGUGUUCCCCCGCUGAGCAGCAAUGUGACAGUUCACAUCAUCAUUCUGGACCAAAACGACAACACUCCUCUCAUAGUGUCACCUUGGCGGGCACAGGGUUCUGUUGUAGAGGAGGUGAUACCGAGGUCCACAGAUAAGGGGCACCUGAUAGCCAAAGUGAUUGCUAUUGAUGCCGAUUCUGAGCAGAAUGCCAGGGUCACGUAUCAGCUCCUGCAGAUCAGCGAUGCAACCCUCUUCAGCCUGGAUCAGUACAACGGUGAAAUUCGGACGACAAGGAUGUUCAGUUACAGAGACCCAAGGCAACAGCGUCUGGUGAUUGUUGCGAAAGACAACGGUGAUCCUGCUCUCUCUGCUACCGUCACCAUCAAGAUAUCAACAGUAGAACAUGUCAUGUCCUUUUCAGAGACCACAGAGUUGCCAAUAGAGUAUGACGUCUUCACAGACUUAAACCUGUACUUAGUAAUUGGUUUAGGGGCUGUGUCAUUUCUGCUACUGAUAACCAUCUUGGUUAUUAUUGUGCUGAAGUGUCAAAAACCAAAGCCAAAGGCCAUCAAGAUCCCACCGGCCAACAGAAACAGUGUGAUCAGCAGAAACAGCGUGAUCAGCCAGAGAAGCUCCACCAUUGCAGAUUCCACCCUGAUCUCCAGCGAUGCCUACUGGUACAGUUUGUUCCUCGCAGAGACCAGGAAAGGGAAAGUGGUCGUGAGACAGCCGAUAAUUCCCAAAGGAGCUGGGUAUUUUGUGUCCAGUAUACCCAGAAGCAUAGGACCAAGUGAGACCACAGACUCCAGAGCAUCCACACUGGAGUACUCAAAAUGAAAGGAAGUCCAUUCUUCAACUGGAGCAGGAACCCAGAAGAGAACUGCCAUGAUAUAAUCAUCUCUUCAUGGGAGUCUCUGGCUGAAACUCUUCCCCGUGACUCACAGAGAAGAUGUAAAACAUCUGUCCUCCCUCAGUCCCUCUGCUUCAACAGUAUUUUCUCUCUAGCUCCUCCGAUCCCCCUCCGUACAAACAUCGACCACUAACCACCUCAUCUUUCUACCUUUUGUUUCUCUCUUAAGCAUGGAUCUGCAUGAUUCUACAACAUCUAGAAUUGAAAUCAUUUAUGGCAGGAUAUCGGGACAUUUUCUGGAGUUGCCUCAAGUAGUAAACCAUUUCCUCCUUAAUGCUUUGAAAUUCCUCAAUGGACAAAUAUGCCUUCUCUCUUUGGGGUGGGGGGGGUUAGGCUGUGUGCUGUAGUUCUAGAAACCAUCAGUAGCUCACCAUAUACGAAAGUCUCCAUCAUGCAGCAAAGUUUAAAACACGCCUAUUUAUAAACACGUAUGAAUCAGGGUGAAUAUGAUUCUUCCAUAAAUCUGAUAAAUACUGAACUGUAGCUGGUUAUGUCGGUGAUUCAGGCUUUGCACUUGGUGUUUUUUUGUUUUGUUUUGUUUUUUGAACAAUCAUUUCUACUGUAUUAUGAAUUUUACUGUUCAGACAAGGCUCAUAAUAGAAAUUUGCCGAUGAGAUGACCAAUGAUCUGAUUUUAGAUUUUUUCUUUUUUACAAUGUUUGUUGUAUUCAGUGAUGAAUGUGCAAAAAUUACAAAAAAAAAGAAGAAAAAAAAAUAAAACUGGAGAAUGGAAAAAAACACACAAACAAAGGAGAGACACUAAUUCUCUUUUUAUUUGAUUGUAGAUACAGAAAUAAUAGAAAUAAAUAGAAAUAACGAUGAGAACUCAUCAUAUGUUAUAGAUAUCUGUGCUGCUAUAAAACAUCUGACUUGGCACACGGUUAUCUGGCUGUAUUGAGAAACAGUAUACACUGCAAUAUUGAAUUUUCUGAACUGUGAUCACAUUCAUCUUCUAAAAUCUGUCUCGGCCUGUCUCCUCUUGUUUGGGUGAGUAAGCGAGGGUGUAUGGGGGAGGUGUGGCCUCAGAUUAAAUAAUUUAUUCAGAGGCACUCUGACAUCACAACUUUGGGUGGGGCCAGAGUGGACAGCAAGAAAAAAAAAAAAACAUCCAAACACGAUGAACCAUAUUUUUAAAAUCAGGGUCCAAUCAAUUUUAGCUGUCUUUAUAGUAAGAUAUUAUCAUGCUUAUAAGCUAUUAUCAUCCCAAUCUAAUUCUCACUGUCUUUUUUCAGGCUAAAAAAUCAAAUACGACGUCAUUCAUUCAUUGCACACAGUGCAAAUCAUAUUAAUCAAUUAAAAAUACAAUUAAAGUGGAAAUUUAAAAAAAGUAUUUUGUAAUGAUAAAUACCCUGUUUAUUGAAAAAAAAAGUAAGAAUAUUAAAAAGUAUUUAUCUUUGCCAUGGUACAAGGGAAUAUAAGAUCCAGGCGAGUUUUUCUGAAUAUUCAUGUUUUUAUAGAUAUUUUAUGUAUUAACUUUUAAUGCUGCUUUUGUGAGCUUCUUCGAGGGCAUUUUGUGUUGCAUAUUUGUAGUUUAGUGCAUAUAUGAUGUUGUUUUGAUAUUGUACAUAAGUUGAAAAAAAAAAAAUCGAAACUAGAGUACUUUUCUUGACCUCAGAGGUAGCGCUUGUUGCACUACUAUGAAGCCCAGGACUUUUGAUUUCUCAGAAACAAGGAGUUUAAUAAAAGGACCACUUGUUAGGGUGCUAAGCGAUCAAAUCUAAUUGUCUGAGGUGAGAGGAGAAUUAGAUUGUGAGAAGGAGAACGCAGUGUUAAUUAUAGUUACAGUAUUCCAGCGCUGACUUCGCAAGAAUACCCCCCGCCCGCCCCCUCUUACUGCUGAACACAUUGAUAGACGCAUAAAAAGUAUUAAGCAGAUGACAGCACUUUGAAUUAUGCACCCGAUCUAAAUGUGAUCGCAGCGCUCGCUCAGAAAUGCAGUGACUAUUUCUAGGUGUAUCGAGCUACAUGUUCUGAGUCAGUGAAAUCUAACCUCUCUUUUCCCCUCUCUCUCUCUCUGUCUCUCUCUCUGCUGCCUGGUGUUACACCAGGCUGCUCAGACAUAAACACAGCUGGCCAUCUUUCUGUCAGACUAAAGAUGUCACGUAAUGAGGGAUCUCUUGCUGUGGAGUACAUGUUAUGUGUGCAAUCAAUGCUUGAACCCGGUUGAUUCCAACAGGGUUAAAAAGAAUGAAUAAAUUGCACAUAUGACGAUAACUCCUUUGCGUGCCUUCUGUAUUGUAAAAGAUGUAUACGACUGUUGAUGAAUGAAACAAUGGCAUGUCAUACAGUAUUACAAAUUACAGUUACCCCAAUGAUAAAAAUCCUGUGAAUUGCUAAGGUGUUGUUGGAUAGGGACUCAGCCUUUUUUUUAUUUAUUUCAGAGCAGAUGUUCUACAAAGAACCGGUAGAUUCAUUUACUGUAAAUCGAACUGCUUUAUACUUUGUGUUUUUUAUACAGUAGACUUUUUUGAUAUCUUCUGUAUUCACUGUGAUCGAACAGCACAGGAGGUGCUUGUGCUUGGGCAUAGUAGAAAGUGUGUUAUUUCUCAUUCGUGUGCACAGCUCGGGUUUUUACCCUUGUUCAUUUGCCAGUCAUUAUUGUACAGUAUGCUUCGGGAGUUGCAUCAAAACCUAAUCCAGUUCUAUUCCACUCAGUGGAUCAAAGACAAGUAUGGGAGAGAAUGGUCUUGCUUUUAUUUUCAAGUCGAGUUAAUUGUCAGAUUUUGAUGUUGCUUAUUUGGCUUAAAUGUUCUGCCUGAUCAUACUAGUUUGAAUAAAGCUUUUUAAUCUGUC